CCUGCUGCUCAUUUUCUCUGCUGCGCAAGGUCUUUUUUUCUUCUUGUGACCCAUCUUACGAAUUUCUCUUUUCUUUGUCUUAUUGAUACUUAAGUAUUUCUGCCUUACCAAACAUUGUGCUCAUUACUUUACCUUCCUCCUCUCUCUGUUUUUUGUCCACUCAUGUCUUUUGUCUCAUUUUUGUUCCCUUUCAUAUAUCUUCUUCUUACACCUCUUUUUUUCCCUUCUGUGUCAUUCUGUUUACCCUCUCCUUCUCUCUCCUUUCUGACAUCUCACUUCUGUCCACUGCCUAACUCUGCCUUCCUCUUGACAUUUCUUCUCCAAGCUGUUCCUUUGGUCACUGUCCUUUUCCUCCCUUACAUUUACAUAUAUUUUACUCCCUUACAUUUACGUGUAUUUUACUUGUGUGUGUGUAUAUAUAUAUAUAUAUAUAUAUAUAUAUACUUACAUAUAUUUCCAUCCCAUGUCUUUCACUCUCGACCUGAAAAGAAGAAAUUCCUCAUGCUGAUAGUCUGAUCCUAUUUCAUCCCUUUUGUAGCAUCUGAAGUACACUGUUCCUGCCCAUCCUCAAACAUAUACUGGGUAGACUGAAGAAUUAAGUAUGUGGGAAAUGUUCCUAAAUUCAGAUGUGUACUUAAGAAAGCAUCUUGCUCAGGCUGCACUGUGAACAGAGCAGAUGUUGUGCUCCCACUGACAGUUCCAGAGGAGGACUUCAAGCCCGUUGAACUCAAAGACCUAAUGACAUUCUUUUUACAUUUCUCAAUUUCAGAGGUUUGUUUUUUUUUUUUUUGUAAAUAAAAAGACUUAAAUUUUAAGUGCGGGACACUGCCAUAUCUUUGAAUAUGCUGGACUGACCCAAAAUAAGACCUCACAAUAUAUUUUUCUUUUUUCACCCAAUUGUUUUGUUUUAUGCAUUUGUUAAGCCACUUUUUUGCAGUUAUUGGAAGAGAAAUGGUUUCUCCUCAGCAGAGCUAAGCUCUUCCUCUGAAAGGGGUUCUGUGUGGGGUGAGACUGGGAUUUCAGCUUGUCAACUUCCCUUUUUUCUGGAGCCAUAGGGAGAGGAGAGAGCUGUGACUGCAGGAUCAUAUGCAUUGGGUGGGAGAUGGAAGAAUAGAUGCAUAAUCCAAAAUUGCUACAUUAACCUCAGAGGGUGGGGGGGAAGAGUUGUUUAAUAAUUUUUUCCCUUGACUACCACUGACUACGAACGCCAUCAUUGGGGAUCAAGAGCAAUUGUUAGAUUUUGCUAUUUAGAUACAAGUCUCAGUUUUUAAAAAUACAAUUUAUUAUUUAAACUACUUUUUUUUGUUCAAAGAGCAUACUACUAACUGGCUGGAAUGAAAACAGCUCCAUCCCACGGAUUCCACCUCCGCUUUCUGGCAGCUUACCUGACUCAUAAAGAGAGUGGGGGGUUUAUAUGCCACCUACAUCAACUCAACAUUUUCCUUUGUGGUGAGACUUAAUCACCACCCUUGUCAUAUUAUUUCAUCGACCCUCUUGGAGUAGGAAUUCUUUACCUUUCAAACCAGCCUUAAAAGUUCUUAUAAAUAGGGUGAGGGUUUUUUUUCUUUUCCUGAAUUUGAAAGUACAUAGGUGGUCCAAUGCAGCAGGGUUUUCUGUGUAAUUUUUUAAAAGGUAACCUUUACCUUAGGACCAUGGAUGAGAGAGUUUCCAUUUGCAGAGGACAUAGCUCUGACAUGAGAUGUGUCGCCUAAAGAGUUGAAAUCCAUCAGCUGAAGGUAGAGGACCAUCCCCCAGGUAAUCACUGCAGGUGGUGUGUGCUGGGGGAGAAACUGUGGGCUUUUAGACACAAUGAUCAAGGAUGUGAGUGGGCAGAGUUUGUCAGAGGCAGUGCCUAUAUUAGACACAGUCAAGAAAGACAGAUAUGCUUUUGGGCACAUCAGAUCUCUCCUUAUAACCUAUUUGUGUAACCUCUGUGACUCUGUCUCUUGUGGAGAGAGUUCCUAUGAAGUAGACUGACAUUUGUCAAGCAGAAAAUACUGCAUGAGAGAAGACUGAAGAAAUGAAAACAAAGCACAGAGGUGGCAAUGCAAUAGGUGGUGUGUACAGGAGGCAAUGGAAGAAAGAGUAGGAGAAUAGAACCACCCCAGGUUGUUGGGAGUUACAGAGAGGACACAAGUUAUGCUAGAAAGCUGGGGCAAGAGGUAUGUGACAUUUUUUUCUGAAGAAAAUUCUUGAAAUGACAUAGGGGAAUCGCAGAAAGGAAGGUAUUCUGAAGCUCAGCAUUUGAAGAUAAAACCUAGUGCGAAAAGAGGCCAGGGAAAGCAUUUAUUGAGAGUCUUCAUUUCUCUAUCACAAAGGCAGGUAGAAUCAAGGAACAGGAAGGAAAGGGAAAAUUGAAAGGACUGAAGUGAACCAUUGGUAAAUAUCAAAGAAAGAAGCAUAGGGAAGGGAAGCUGCUUUCUUAUUGACAGAGAGGCAGAAGUCUUCUUUAGGUCCUCUGGGGGACCUGGAAAUUGACUGAGUGACAAGUGUGGCUCUGCGAGAUGGGAGACAGAAGAUCCUGUCAGGAAGGAGCUGUCUGACCAUACCUAAUAUAAAUAUAGGCUGUUUUCAUUCCUGAUGUGUUUGUCUUAAAAUGCACUGCAGGUGCAGCAGCUCUGCCCUGAAGAGAUGGAGGCUGCAGCUGUCUGGACCUUCCAGUACCACCGUCCUCUUUCUUGCAUGCCAGAAUUAACCCUUCUCUCAUCUCCUGCACUGUGGGUCCUCAGCCCAGCUCCAGUCAUCCUUUAUCGACUGCAGCUGCCUGAUAACUGGGACACAACUCAAGAAAAGGAUUUAGCAGUCACCUGCAAAGAUAUGCUUCUGGAAGCAGAGCAGCUCCAAGACAGAGUGAAAGAGUUCUCAGGAUGCCAGAGCCAGCAAAGUCAACCUCAGCUCCCAAAAAGGGCUCCAAGAAAGCGGUGACAAAGACCCAGAAGAAGGGCGAUAAAAAGCGUCACAAAAGCAGGAAGGAGAGCUACUCCAUCUAUGUCUACAAGGUGCUGAAGCAGGUCCAUCCUGACACUGGCAUCUCCUCCAAGGCCAUGGGCAUCAUGAACUCCUUCGUCAAUGACAUCUUUGAGCGCAUUGCUGGAGAAGCCUCCCGCCUGGCCCAUUACAACAAGCGCUCCACCAUCACGUCCCGGGAGAUUCAGACAGCCGUGCGCCUGCUGCUCCCAGGAGAGCUGGCCAAGCACGCAGUCUCAGAGGGCACCAAGGCUGUCACCAAGUACACGAGCUCCAAAUAGCCAGACAUCCCCUCUGCAAUGGGACCAUCGAGCAGCGGGCCCUCCACGCCAGCACAGGUAGGCAGCCAUGGUCUGGAUGAGUGGUCACAGCUAUUAUCCACAGCAGUUUGCAGCCUGGGGAUGCCCAGACAAAGAGGAGACAGCGAUCUGGAUGUCAGCUGAUUUUUAUCAUCUGUUCAGGAUGUAGACAGGAUUUGUCAAAGCUGGUAGUGGAGGCCCCUGCUUUUACAUCUCAUUCAAAGAACCGACCAACCAUGGUAUAUCCAGUCUCUUCUGUGCUUGGCAAACAUUCAUGUUUGGCACUGGGAGGGGGGACUGGCAGCAGCAACGCAGAGACACCAUCAGCGAAGUCUUCCUGUUUGACUGCUUUCUCACAGUCAUCUGAUAUGGGAACUGAAGAGUCAGCACUGCAUCCUCUCUCUCAGAGCCUGAAUCCCUCCUGGCUGCAGCGGCUCAGCCCACCCUGUGCUGGCAGAAGUGGCAUCAGCAGCUACCAGGCACAUAUUGAUUCAACAGCUAUCUGUGCUUGACAGCCUGUUUUAAAGAGCAAGCCUGGCAGGCAGAUGCCCACGUUGAUACCAAGCACUAAUCCUCCUCCUUGCUCUUGAUGGAUGAGCCAUGGAGCAGGAUGAGGGUGCUGGCGCAGCUGCCCACUGCCUCCCACCUUGUGCUGAGGUGGAGGGAUGGACAAGGUGGGAUGUUGGGAGUGGGCCUCUAUCUUUCCUGGAUGCUGCUUUGCCUGCCUUAGGACUUGCUUUGGCAUGCAAGACAUUGCUAAUUCUGCUGCUUUUCAGAGACUUUUCCUGCCUUGAUGCUGCCUGGGUGUCCCGUAAGUGUGGGCAAGAUGGGGUGGUGCCCAUGGGGGUCCCUCUUCUGUGAGCAAUAGGGUGGUGCAGGACAAACAGCACAGAUGUUUUGGGCAGGGACUGAGGAUUUGGGAGGCAUCUGGUGUGGGAGCACAGGUGGCUAGUGCAUUUUGAGGAGUGGGAGGAAGCUCGCUCCCUGCAGAGGUCACUGCAGGCAGCUCUCCUGGCCCUGCCCUCCCUAAUUCAUUCAGCAGUUAGAAAACAAAAGCAAAAUUGGGGGCUGGAUAUAUAAGCACUCUUGCCUGCAUCCCAGAUAUUUAAAAGAUUGAAUAUUUUUGAACUGCUUCAGAUAUGCCCCAUAUCUUUUCAAAGCCCACAGUAAGACGAGCAAUAGUGAAAUCGCGAUAAAGCCAUAAGGGUUAAGGGAGGAAUGUCUUGGUUACAGGUUUAUCUUGCCCAGACUGCUGGAUAGCAGAAGGGCCUGUGUGGAACUGGUGUGAAGUUGAAGCUUCCUACUCAAAACACAAAAUUAGCCAACAUUAAAAAAAAAUCAAAGUCUCUGGUAGGCAGUAACACUCAAAGAAAAAAUAUUCAUGUCUAAAAUAACAACAGCUUUCUGCAACUUAGUCUGUAAAUAAAAGGAGCAGCAAGGAAGUAGGAUCCAUAACUAAGUGCAGAUUCCCCCUAAGUUUCAAGACCUUGUUUUUAUUUUACCUUGUUUUACCUAUUAACUAAAAGGUAAAUUCAUAUCCCAAAAUAGCAGCCAUGCAAUACAUUUCUAUCUUUCCCCUGCAUUUAUCUCUAUCCUGUUUCUUUACACUUUAAGAGUGACUGGGACCUUUGGCAAGUUUAUGUUGCUUUUGGAGCUGUAGGACUCUGCAGCUCCAGAAGAUUCACAUUGCAGUCAUUUUUGCAGUUGGUCUGAGGCACAGCCCUGCUCAGAAGCCUGAGAGCAGCCUGGGGUCUGGUGUGGUCUCUGUGCAGGGGUGAAGGUCACUUUGUUUAUGGGCUGCUUGCACACCCCUGCUCUGGGCGUGAGCUCAAAGUGUGUGUGACCCCACACUUGAGAGGGGGCUUUCCUCACACCCUCUGCUCAGCAAUAGCACACAGCUGUGUUUUAUAGCCUAGUGCCAGCAGGAAUCUCUGCUGGUAGCUCUCAGAAAGAACAAAACCCAGCUCCCUGGGUGCCAGCACCCACAAGGAGCAGCUCCCAGCGACAGCACCUGUAUUCAGUAUCAGUAGCAUUGCUAACCUGGGCCUCUUGGCCAGGACACUUUGUGGGUGAAACGUAGUAGUUCCUUCUGUUUCCAAUCAAAUAGUCAAAAUCAGAUACCAAAGAUUAACAUGUACCUGCAGUGGGCCUAGAGCCACCAUCCUUCACACCUCUGCCACAAGAAAUCUGGGCAGUGGAUGAUGCAUCAGGGGGACUGUUGAGAGUGAAGGGCUGGAUGGCAUUGCUGGAGCUUUCUUCUGUCCCUCUGAGCUGCAGGUCAGAAUUCAUCCUCCUGGGGAGUUCUCUUGAAGGCAGGAAUUCAGAGUGGAAUGAACCCACUCCAGUCCAAGAAAUGUGUUUGAGCCAGGACACACAUCUCCCAGGAUCACCUGGUACAGCCUCUAAGCUCUCACUCCUUUGAGCAAAGCAGAGUCCCACUUGAGUCUCCACAGACUGCAAGAAAUCAGGAAAAUAAAAUGAGGUAUUGGCCCUCCAGGGUCUCCUGGGCAGCUCAGGGAGCCAGGAGUGAGGCUGGGCACUCAGAUGAGAGCUGCUCACUCCAUACUCAGAGUACUGGUUCCAUUUUCUUCUGUCAGUGUUGUCAUUCUUCAUUUUUGGAGAUUGUUUCAGAGGGAGGAGAACCAGUCAUUUAAAGCUACAAAAAUACUUGAAGGCUUAAAGAAGAUUUUUAUAUUGUCUAAAGCCAAGUGACUGAAACUGGUCAUGUCCAUGCAUUUAUAGUUUAGGUGGUCUUUUUAUGCAUAAUUUGCUCUUCACUGUCUAUUUGUAUUUUUUUUUCACUCACUCCUGACAAUGUGAAGCACAGGAUUGAGGAACUGAUCCCUGUUAAAACAAACCUUUUUUAUUCUUUUCCUUUCUUUCAAGCUUUGUUUUAACCCUGUUCUAGUGGCUGCUCUGUUCUGUCACUGUUGUGCAGACAUUUGUGCCAGCAAAGGGAAGGGAUGAUCCAGGAAAGGCAAAGCUGGUAUAAGCUAGGACUGACACAGAAAGAAUUUGGGAAGUUAAUGUACAGGACACCAUCCACAGCAGUUAAAUGGGAAUUAGUUUGCAUGUGAUGAGCUUGGGCUGAGCCUUAAUGUUAGAAGCAACAGAAAGUGGUCUACAAGUUCAAGGGUUAAUUGUCCACUAAGUAAUCUGAAGUGUGACAUACUUCACGGUUUCCUGGUAAGGAGGUUUGCUGCAGAAAAUGGAUUCUGCACUACAGGAUCAGUACUUUUAAAAAAUACAUAUUUCCAGCUCUGGAAUUGAGAAAAUGUUUUAAAAUUGAAGAUAAUAUACCAAUCCCCACUGUCUCUACCUGAUUCCUACUGCAGUCCCAAAAGCAUCUCUGUGCUAUGCCUGUGUUUUGCCAAUUAAAGUAAAUAAACUACAGAUUGAAAGUUGGAGUGUAAGAUGAAAAAGUUAAUACAGCCUUGAUACUAACCUCAUAUUAACCCCAAGGAUAUCACUGCACUGAGUUAUUUGUUUUCAUGUACAAUUUAAAAAAGAAAACAAGCUGCUAUAGAUCUUCUGAUUUCCCUGCUUCCCUAGAAGGGCCUAAAGUCCAUCUGCCUUUCACAGCAGAGUUCAACCUAUAGAGGAACUGAGAGCCCACCUACAAGGAGGCUUACUCCUGCUCAGGACAGACAGGUUUUUAGUCAAGCAUGGGGAAAACGAGCAGGUGUGGAGGGCAAGUGCCUGUCCUGGACACAACUGUGUGCCCCACAAAAGGACACUGAAGAGUCCUGCCCAGUGCAGCUGUGUGGCCUGUGCACCCUUCACUCUGGUAGAGGCAGCCAUAUGGGUAGCCCCAAGUCCUGCCACCCCUGGAGUAGAGUUUGGCAUGGCCUCUGCACAGCCCUGAGCAUCUGUUCCACCAUAGCAUUUCCUGAUGGGUUACAUCCAGAUCACAUUGUUUACAGGGAAAGGAAGAAUGGGAACUGAAUAGUAAAAAUCACUUAAUGACAGAAUUUGGAGAGUUUCCUGGGACCACCACCUGGGGAGCAAUCUUUCAUGCUUACUCCAUGCAUGGUAUCUCUUGGGCUUAUGUACACAGCGUUUUUCUGACAGUAAGUGUUACAUGAAGUAUGAUCCAUGUUAUAUUGCUGCUGGGUUAUGACCUUAGUGCUAAUUACCUGCUUUCUGUUAAGUGUCUAAAUAAAAUGUAACUUCCAACCUGUUGGAAGUCAAUGGUA